GCUGCUUGAUAGAUCUCCCUCAUCGAGUUCUGUUGGUCUGAUGGCAGCUGUAUUAGAUCCUUUGGUUGGAUCAUGCAUCACAAAGUUGCAAGAUAUCAUUGUGGAGAAUGCUGUACUAAUUCUCGGUGUAAAAGAAGAGCUCGAAGAACUGCAGGGAACAAUAAAACAAAUACAAUGCUUCCUUUAUGAUGCUGAGCAAAGGAUGAUACAGGAGUCAGCAGUUCAAAAUUGGAUCAGUGAGCUAAGAGAUGCUAUGUAUGAUGCUGAUGAUAUUGUUGACUCGGCCAGAUUUGAAGGAAGCAAGCUACUAAGAGAUAACCCAUCAUCAUCUAGAAACUCGACUGCAUGUUGUGACAUUUCAUUUUUAUCUUGCUUUCCUGGUAUUCAGAGGCGUCAUGAAAUUGCUGUGAAGAUUAGAGACCUCAACAAAAGAAUUGAGAAGCUCUCAAAGCACGGAAACAGUUUUUUACAUCCCGGUGUAGCACCUUCUGGCCAAGGCUCAAUAUCCAAACAGAAGUUAAAUUCCAAGCUUGCACAACACAACCUUGUGGGAAAGGAGAUUAUACAUUCUAGCAGGAAACUCGUGGAGUUGGUGCUUGCUCACAAGGAACAUAAGGCUUAUAAACUUGCUGUUGUUGGUACCGGAGGGGUUGGAAAGACAACGCUAGCCCAAAAAAUAUACAAUGAUCAAAAAAUAAAAGGAAACUUCAACAAACACGCAUGGGUUUGUGUUUCCGAAGAGUGCAAUGAAGUUAAUCUUCUAAAAGAGAUUCUCAGAAAUAUCGGGGUGCAUCAAGAGCAAGGUGAGUCCAUAGCAGAGCUCCAGAACAAGAUUGCAGAAACAAUUGAUGGCAAGAGCUUCUUUCUUGUUCUAGAUGAUGUGUGGAAAUCUAAUGUAUGGACCGAUCUACUAAAGACUCCAUUGUGUAGUGCAAAUACAGCAGUGAUUUUGGUAACCACACGAGAUGUUAGAAUUGCAAUGAAUAUCCAUACAGAUCAUACCCAUAAAGUUGAUCUAAUGUCAGAAGAGGUGGGAUGGGAGCUACUUUGGAAGAGCAUGGAUAUUGUUGCAGAGAAAGAAGUACACAAUCUGAGAAGCACUGGGAUCGAGAUUGUUCGUAAAUGUGGGUAUCUCCCACUUGCGAUCAAGGUCAUUGCAAGUGUUUUGGCAAGUAAAGAUCAAACAGAAAAUGAGUGGCAAAAGAUUUUGAGAUUAAUUGAUGCUUGGUCAGAGAGCAAACUUCCUGAUGAUAUCGAAGGGUCUUUAUAUCUGAGCUACAAUGAGUUACCGCAUCAUCUGAAGCAGUGCUUCCUUUAUUGUGCAUUGUAUCCUGAAGAUGCUGUAAUUUUUCGUCAUGAUAUUAUUAGAUUAUGGGUUGCUGAGGGCUUUGUAGAGGAACAACAAGGCCAACUAGUAGAAGAUACAGCAGAAGAUUACUACGAUGAGCUAAUCCAUCGGAAUCUCCUCGAACCAGUUGGUGCAUAUUUUGACCAUGUGAGAUGCAAAAUGCAUGACCUCUUAAGGCAUCUAGCUUGUUAUUUAUCAAGAGAAGAAUGUUUUGUUGGUGACCCGGAAUCAUUAAGGGUCAGCAGUAUGUCAAAAAUGCGACGCCUUACUGCUAUCCCUAAGAAGGAUUUAUUAGUGUUACCUAGCAUGGAUAAUGGCGAAUUUAAGGUGAGGACCUUCCGGACUGACAGCCAUGACUCACUCGUACAACACAUUCCGGAAUGUAUAGGAAAAUUGAUGCAUCUACGUCUACUUGAUCUUGAUGGCACUCUCAUAUCUUGUCUUCCGGAGUCCAUCGGUUGCCUUAUAAAUCUUCAGAUAUUGAACUUGCAAAGGUGCAAAGCUCUGCAUAGCCUUCCUUUGGCAAUCAUUCAAUUGUGCAAUUUAAGGCGCAUUGGUCUGGAUCAUACACCCAUAAAUCAGGUUCCAAAAGAUGAACCAUAUUCAGAGGAAGAUGUUAGCAAGAUUGAGAAGAUCUUUCAACAGCUAAUCCCUCCACAGAACCUGGAAGAUCUACUUAUCAUUAGGUUCUUUGGCCGGAGGUAUCCCACAUGGCUUGGUACCACCCACCUAUCUUCAAUUAUAUACUUGACGCUCAUAGAUUGCAAUUCAUGUGUGCAUCUUCCACCACUCGGGCAGCUGCCCAACCUGAGAUAUCUGAGAAUUGAUGGAGCAGCAGCAGUUACCAAGAUUGGACCCGAAUUCGUGGGCUGCAGGGGGGAUAAUCGCAGAUCCACGGAUGCGGUUGUUGCUUUCCCCAAGCUCGAAUCGUUGCUCUUCUGGAAUAUGCCCAAUUGGGAGGAGUGGUCCUUUGUUGAAGAGGGAGAUGCAGAGGCAGCGGAAGGGGGAGAGGAUGGAUCUGCUGAGAUACAAAAGGGGAAAGCCCCGUCUCCAGGGAUGCAGUUGCUGCCACGCUUGAAGAGAUUGGAAUUUCAGGGCUGCCCCAAGCUGGGAUCUCUCCCACGACAGCUUGGACAGGAGGCCACCAGCUUGGAAGUGCUCGAUAUAAGAAUAGCAAGCUCCUUGAAGGUGGUGGAGGAUCUCCCGUUCCUCUCCGAGAUUCUUUUAAUUCACGGAUGCGGCGGGCUGGAGAGGGUCUCGAACCUUCCUCGGGUGGGGAGGCUGCGGAUAAAUGAUUGCCCGGGCUUGAGGUGUGUUGAGGGGUUGGGUAAUUUGCAACAGCUGUUUCUGACUAAGGGCAUGAAAGAGCUAUCCUCACUGUGGAUACCAGGGCUUCAACAGCAGCACAAACAACUUCACGGUGAAGACCUUGAUGUCUACGACUGGAAGUAAUGCCUAACUGCAUACAGACUGAGAAGGCAUGAGGCCGGUUAUGGCGCUCGUUCGGCUUUAUCUUAUGUUUUGUUCGCAUCGACAUCUUUUGGUGCGU